AAUUUACCAAUUUAGACUUUCAUUCAUUUACUUUUAACUGUUAGGCAAAAUUUAAAAAAUGUCUAAAGUCACUUUAAAGUCAGUGCCAAAGAAAUCUAGUGGACAAACUAAAGAGAAAAUUAACCAGUGCAAGUAUUGUGACAAAGUGUAUGAUUACCCUGCAUUACUUGUUGUUCACUUGAGGACACAUACUGGAGAAAAACCUUUCAAGUGCGAUAUUUGCGAAAAAGCUUUUCAUAGUCUUACACUUAUGAAAUGUCACAAGAUUAUUCAUUCAGAUGAAAUGCCAUACGAAUGUGAAACAUGUCAAAAAAAAUUCCGCACUGUUAAAGCUAUAAACAAGCAUAUCAAAUUACACGUGGAAGACAAACCAUACAAAUGUGAUAUUUGUGACAAGUCUUUUACCAGUAACUCGAACAUGUAUAGACACAUGUUCAUUCAUUAUAGAGAUAAACCCUGUGAGUGUAAACUGUGUGGAAAGGGUUUCACACGAAACAAAGAGUUAAAAGCACAUUAUUCUGAACAUAAGAAUAUGAAACCAUUUAAGUGUGAUAAAUGUGACAAAGCAUAUUUUCAAGAAGCUGGUCUGACAGUUCACAAAUUCACUCAUACUGGUGAAAAGCCCUACAAAUGCAACUAUUGUGAAAAAUCGUUUACUUCAAAUGGUCUCUUAAAAAAUCACCAUAGAACCCACACUGGUGAGAAGCCAUUCAAGUGUGCCUAUUGUGAAAAAUCAUUUGCAGCAAAUCGCUCCUUAAGAAGCCACGAAACAAUUCACACUGGAGAGAAGGCAUUUCAAUGUAAAUAUUGUGACAAAUUGUUUUCUCUAAGUGGUAACCUAAUGAUGCACCAAAGAAUGCACACAGGUGAAAAGCCAUUUCAAUGCAAAAUUUGUGAUAAAAGGUUUGGACACAAAGGAAAUCUAAACCAGCACGAGAAGACGCAUUUACCGAGCCCUGUGUCAUAAAUAUAACUAAACUUUGCCUGUAAAAUUUCAACCAGUUUUUGUCCUGAAAAGCCAACUGACAAUUUAAAUACUUGGCCUAUAUGUUUUUAAGACAAGUUUUCAGCCCCAGUUAGUGACAUUAUUUGAUAGUCCAGUUUUAACUAAUCAUUUAAUUUUUUUGACAAAUUUUUAGAUAGUUUUUAUCUUGCCAAUCCAACUUAUUGACCAAUUAAUUACUUGCCUUAAUUUAUGUGUUUUAAAGACAAGUUUUCAUGCACUAAUUAGUGACAUUAUUUGACAAUCAAGUUUUAACUAAUCAUUUAAUCUUUUUCAUAAUUUUUAAAAACGCAAUUAAUCAUGUACAUUUAUUUGCAG